CUCUUAUUCACCCAGUCCGAGUGAGGGAAUCACCUGCAGUAGCUUCUCUUCCCACAUGCUUCCCAAUUCCGGGAGACUCCUGGGCAAUUUAGGAGUGCAGCUGUCCACAAUCGGAGUUGGGACCUGAGCAAAGGAAGCAUGAAUUGCUCACUUUUACAUUCCAGCCUCCCUUCAGACACAGAGCAACAAUCUAUCAGCCUUUUUAAGUGCUUCCGUAGCAGGGCAAAUUAUACUUUGAAACCAAAACGAGCAUUUACUUCUGGGUUGGGCAUGAAAUGUCAUAGAGAAUGUAAAGAAGCCGUACAUGCAAGCCUCCUGGAAACUUUUGUGAAUUGAACCUGUUUAUCCAAAGGGAAGGACAUUGACUGAUUUAUGAUCUAGAACUUUUGGAGUUAAGAGGAAGCUGGCUCCCCAACUUUCUUGCUGCUGACAGUGAGAAGCAGGACUUACACUCGGUUUAAAGUGCAGCAGACACUCCGCCCUUAGCCUGCACGCACGGGGCUGCACGUCUUUCCGUACCGGGAGGCUGGAGCUCUCCUCCGAGCCUGAUCUUCAGCCUCUUCUCCCCCGGCCUCGCCGCCUUCGGAAGAAUCGGCUUGGAGAGUGAGCGCUGCGGACGCCGCAGCCUGGCUGGCAGACUGAAUGCGGGCUCCGUGCCCCUGCUGAUCGAGACAAACUCCCGGGUCGCCAAGCAGCCGAGCCCGCGGGGGCGGGAAGGUCGGAGCCUCCGCCAGCCGCUCGGGCCGCCCGCCCGCCACCUUUCUCCGGAUGGAGGAGACGGUCACUGCCCUGUCCGAGGCGGACAUUCAACGGCGGUCCAUGGCGGAGGAGGACCCGAACGGCAACGAGCACGGAGCCGGGGCGAGGAGCAGCACCGCGCCGCGCUGGGGACCGCAACACGCCGGGGCCAGGGAGUUGGCACAUCUUUACUCGCCAGGUAAACGCUUACAAGAAUGGAUCUGCGUCAUCUUAUGUAUAUGUUUGGUGAUGAUCAACUUCUUUUUCCUGAUGUUCCAUUUUUCCAUGGAUCACUUUUUCAAAUUAAUAAUAGCCAUUUUUGCUGGGAUUGUUACUGCGGAUUUUGCCUCCGGCCUGGUUCACUGGGGAGCAGACACCUGGGGUUCUGUUGAUAUCCCUGUCAUUGGCAAGGCAUUUAUAAGACCUUUUCGAGAGCAUCAUAUUGAUCCAACUGCAAUAACCAGGCAUGACUUCAUUGAGACUAAUGGAGAUAACUGUAUGCUUACUGUUAUUCCACUGGCCCACAUGGCCUACAAGUUUAUCACUAACAGUCCAGAAGCUGUCUGUGAAGCUUAUGCCUGGGAUUGUUAUGUGUUCUGUUUAGGCAUAUUUGUGACAAUGACCAAUCAGAUUCACAAAUGGUCUCACACGUACUUCGGUCUGCCUCGCUGGGUCACUGUCUUACAGGACCUUCACAUCAUCUUGCCCAGAAAGCAUCAUCGAAUCCAUCAUGUUGCCCCUCAUGAAACUUACUUCUGCAUUACCACAGGAUGGCUGAAUUACCUUCUAGAGAAGAUUGGAUUUUGGAAGAACUUUGAGUAUCUCGUAACAAAUUUAACUGGACACAAGCCACGGACUGAUGAUAUGAAGUGGGCCUACAAGAUGGAAUAAAAGUCUGUAAGCUGAUUGAUGGUGUACUGGGCAACUGAAGAGGCUGAGCCAUGCUUAAGAAGUGAAGAAGCUUCUGAUUAAUUUUGCUAAAUCUUGACCAGCAUCUAGAAACUUGCAUCAUUACAAGAUGUGAUGCAUGUUCGAAAGACAUUUUAUUUGCAAAUCGUUGUUGCCAUUCAGAUGAGCUGCUUACAAUGUUGUAGAAAUAAAUUCUUUGCUUACCAUUUUACUUUAAUGCACAAGAUGUUGACCAUGUAUAUGUUAUUUUGUACUCAGUAUAUAGCACCAGCAACAUUUUAAGCAAAUGAGAAGAUCAGGGUCCCAUUUUAAUGAUGAAAUUUGAAAGACUGUGACAAAAGUAAUUGCAUACUGAUCAGCCUUAAGCACUGUUGAAAUGAUUGCAAUCUCAGUAAAUUGAACAAGCUCAUGUGGGCACUUCAUACAAAGUUUAUUUGAGCUUUGUACUUAUGUAAAGUAUUUUUUUGUUUUUCAGCAUUGAUAUUGAUGAUUGCUUUAUGUGAGGUCACACAUCAUAAUAUAGAACUAAGUCAGAGAAGCUUUCACACUCCUAAUGUAGCCUCACAGUAACAUCAUGAAUAAACAAGAGGAUCACUAGAAAAUUCUGCUGUUUACUUUGGUUGUGAAACAGCUCUGGUAAGGAACUGCAGCGAUGAGUUAAUAGGUCCAUCUGGCAGUGGUUUUGCUUUUUAGCUUCUGUGGAGAUGGAUCUUAUACCACAGCUACAGUGUAAAAAAUAUUUAUUUGGUCCCAAAGGCAAUGGAAUAAAUAUCCUACAUGGUUGUCUAUAUCCAUGACAAGGACCUGUGUGGUCUACGUUUUAUGGUCAGCGGCAAAGGAGCAGCAGUAGCUGCUGACCUCUUAAGAAAACUGCCCACAAAGAUUUUUAAGUCUCAAGAGCGUAGAUUUCCUGUUCUCAGACCUCAGUUUCAAUUUGUGCCAUCUACGGGGAUCAGUGCCAUCCGGCAACAAGGUAGACAGCUGGCAGGCUGAUCAUAUCAGAUUAAAGAAUUCGCACAGACAGCAAAGCAGGAAGUAAAAAGGGAAAUCGCGUUUAAACCAUUGUACAGAAAGCUGAAUAGAAAUUGGGAUAUAUACACAAGGCUAAGUGAGAAACAAAUAUCAGAACAGACGUUUUAAAAAUAUAUUUUAUUAGCAUUCUGCAAUUUUAAAAUAUUCUGAGACUCCACAUAUGUCAAAUUAGUUUCUCAGGCCAGGGAGGUUGUUCAGCAAUAAUUAUGACUUAACACACCAUUAAAAACUCAAGUCUUGUUCUAUCAGGAAUUAUCAAUGUUUUUAUUGGUUGUUAGCUGCAAGACUAAUAUAUAAAUGGUUGAAGCUCAUGACAAAUCAAUGAUUUCUAAUGAUUGCAUUGGUGAAGACUGAAACAGCAUAGCCUUUGGGGAGCAGGGUAUCCCUAACAGAGUUUACAAAUUCCUGCAUUUAACUGCACUUGUGCAGUGCCCGAAAUUGCUGUCAGCUUUCUACAGUAACAAUAACAGUGCUGGCAAUCUCACCAUUAUCCCUACUGUAAAUUCCAGGCCUCACUCUCACUUUUUGCAGCAGCCAUGGAUGUUUAUAUUACUAGAGCUACUAUUCAAACUUAUCCUUCUUUUGAUGUUGAACAGUCCAUCCCAUUUAUAAUGUGGAGUAGAGCUCCUAGAACUAAUGCCAACACAAACAGCUGCACAUAUGCCAUUUUUGCACAGUCCUGACUACAAUUUUGUUUUCUGGCAAUAGACUUUAAGUGAAGUUCUGUGUAAGCCAAUAUAGUUGCAGUCAUAAAUAUGCCAAUAUCACAUGCAUAUUUGGUGGCAGGCGCCUUUUGUAUAUGCUUCUGACAGUGCACAGAAAAGUUGUGUGAUGGGUGCUGUCAGAAGCACUAGUUCUGGCUCAUUUAUAGUACAGUGCUGCUAAUACAGUUAGAGAUGAAACUAGUGAUGGUACUGAAAUAUAAAAAUAACAUCGCUCGAGCGAUGCCGAUCUUGAAGUAUCAUAAUCCGACUCUGGCAGCUGCAGUUAGGACACUCUUCUCUCUGACUCAAACACUUAUCCCUCUGCUGUGUUCUGUACAUUAGUUUAAUGUGUGUCCUAUCUCACACGUGCCUACGCUCUCAAAUCUGCACCUGUCAUCUGCUUCUUAGCCUUAUGUUGAAUAUCCAUCAUAACCUGUAAGAUAACUUUCUAGUUUAAUCCCCCCUCCUCGGUUUCUUCUUCACCUGUUAACCUUCACAGUAGUCUCUAUCAGUUUCUCUCAACAUUGCUAAUUUAUCUAGGACUGUAGAAGAUAGCCUCCUGUCACUUUGGUAUCCUCAUACCACACACAUUAAAUGUAAUUACAAAUGAAAUUGUGUUCCAAAAAUAUCCUAUAUUGUGCUGUAUGAACGGGGUAAGAUCCGAAUUAUAUUUCUACUUAGUUCCUGUUGAGCUAUCAGGUCAUCCUAUUUGUGUGGAUAUAAAUUCCACUGCCUCAUCGUGCUAUUUAUUAUACUGUUUCUCAAAAGUUGGCAGAAUCCAUAAGUUCAUUCAUGUAUUCUUUUUUCAUAAAGGAUUCCUUUUUGUAUCUUCUGAGGGACCAUAAACCAUAUUUGUGGUUUGGUACAUAGGGUUCGUUUAGUUUCCAAAUGAAAAUGAUACAACCUGAUGAGCAGGAUCACUCAUUGGGAGCUAUUUAAGUGGAAUGUCAUUUGCCCCCAAGCUGACCAGGACUACAAGACUGCCUGUAUUGAAUGGGGGCCCUAAUCAUACUUUUGUUUUACUGUGAUGUUGGUCACCCCACUGCUCCUUAUUCUAAUUUUAAAGCCAGGAAUGCUUGAAAAUGUGCUACUUUGAGCUGAAGGGGACUACACUUUGAAUAUGUAUCAACGAUCUUAAGUCGAGUUUAUUAAUAAACAUUUCUUUGCCUUUCUCGGA